CCAGGCAGCUCUCAGUUCGGAAGGAAUUAAGGAGGCUGUGCCUCCGGGUUGCGCGAAGAGUCCGAGUCAUUUCUCGGGAAUCUCUGAUAAGGUGGGCCUUGGCGGAAACGCUGCUGAGCCGCACCAGAAUCAGGAAACACACCCUUGUCUGUCUGCUUGGGAGAGACAGAAGUUGGCACUUCUGAGUGAAGAUGAGGAAAAGGCUGUAAACCAGCCAAAGGAGGCUUGAAGUACUCUCUGGGUGUGAGAAAGCGAUGGCUGGUGGAAGGAGCUGAACACCCCAAGGAAAGAUGGCUUCCAGCUUCAGUCCCGCUUAGCAGCAGCUCCAGCUCCCGAGGCAGGCCUGGCAGGAUGUGCCAUUAGACCAUCAUGGACGGAGCCCACGGUGCAGCCCUGCAGCUGCAGCAGCUCCUGCCCACAAGCAGUGCCGACUCUGCCAGCGAGGGCUCCUUCUCCUACAAGGAAAACUUGAUCGGCGCCCUUUUGGCGAUUUUUGGACACCUUGUGGUCAGCAUUGCGCUUAACCUCCAGAAGUACUGCCACAUCCGCCUGGCAGGCUCCAAGGACCCCCGGGCCUAUUUCAAGACCAAGACAUGGUGGCUGGGCCUGUUCCUGAUGCUGCUGGGUGAGCUCGGCGUGUUUGCCUCCUACGCCUUCGCCCCGCUCUCGCUGAUCGUGCCCCUCAGCGCUGUCUCCGUGAUAGCUAGCGCCAUCAUAGGAAUCAUAUUCAUCAAAGAAAAAUGGAAACCUAAAGACUUUCUGAGGCGCUACGUGUUGUCCUUCGUUGGCUGCGGUUUGGCCAUCGUGGGCACCUACCUGCUGGUGACAUUCGCACCCAACAGUCAUGAGAAGAUGACAGGCGAGAACAUCACCAGGCACCUUGUGAGCUGGCCUUUUCUCUUGUACAUGCUGGUGGAGAUCAUCCUGUUCUGCCUGCUGCUGUACUUCUACAAGGAGAGGAACGCCAACAGCAUCGCGGUGAUUCUGCUCCUGGUGGCGCUGCUCGGCUCGAUGACAGUGGUGACGGUGAAGGCUGUGGCCGGGAUGCUUGUGUUGUCCAUACAGGGGAACCUGCAGCUCGACUACCCCAUCUUCUACGUGAUGUUCGUGUGCAUGGUGGCGACUGCCGUCUAUCAAGCUGUGUUUUUAAGUCAAGCCUCGCAGAUGUACGACUCCUCUUUGAUUGCCAGUGUGGGCUACAUUCUCUCCACUACUGUCGCUAUCACAGCAGGUGCAGUGUUUUACCUGGACUUCCUCGGGGAAGACGUGCUGCACAUCUGCAUGUUUGCGCUGGGGUGCCUCAUCGCAUUCUUGGGCGUCUUCUUAAUCACACGGAACAGGAAGAAGUCCAUUCCAUUUGAGCCCUAUAUUUCCAUGGAUGCCAUGCCAGGUAUGCAAAACAUGCAUGACAAGGGGAUGACAGUCCAGCCUGACCUCAAAGCUUCUUUCUCCUACGGGGCCCUGGAAAACAAUGACAACAUUUCUGAGAUCUACACUCCUGCCACGCUGCCCAUCAUGCAAGAGGAACACGGCUCCAGAAGCGCCUCUGGGGUUCCCUACCGAGUCCUGGAACACACCAAGAAGGAGUGAGCCCCCCUUGAAGGAGAUUCACCUUCCUCCAUUUAUAGCUGCUCAGGCCAUGCUGACCGUGGUUCAACCCUUGAUUCUAAAACUUGCCUUUUAAGUCUUAUUUUUUUUAACUGAGAACUCUAUGGAUGGGGAUCUUGAAAAGCCUUUGCUGUGGCAAAGGAUGUGUUAUCUUGGUCUUGGAAAUUUCAAAUGUUGGGGCUGGGGGUUGCGGGGAUGGAGGCAGUAUUCCAGGUGGGUGGUACGGAAUGCAGCCUCUGCCUGGGUUAGCCUGGCUGGAUUUGGAAAGCCUUUAUCAUCCUCGAGGAUGUAGCUGAGCUUCCUCAGUCAGUGACCCAAGGUUGCCACAUUCUUCAGAGCUAAAGCAAGGCAGAGAUUCUGCUUUUCCUUUCCAAAUCCAGUGACAGGCUGGAGACCUCUAAGUCUAGUCUUCCCCCACCUCACGUGCAGGCCGGAUCUCUUCCCAUCUCACUCAUGAUUCCCUGUUUGCGAUAACGUUUGUGUCGCUCUCCCAUGGCAGAGUGGGCCAGCCCUGGUGGAACGUUCUGUCAUUCGCCUGUAGGGAAAUGCACUUUGCCUUCCAAUUGUCUGUGUCCCUCCAGUGAAAAUGUGCUUGAUGUGUUUAUAUUGGAUCUACUCUGCAAACUAAUUUGUUUUUGGUUCUGUGAACUACAUGAUUGCUUUUUCUUCCCCCAAAGGAACUGGGAAGUUAAAAGAAGGGGGAGAAUAAAAAGGACAGAGGCAGGGGUGAUGAUACCUCAGCCCAUAAAGGAAGAAAAAUCCCUUUUCAUCUUCUAGAAGGUGACUGCAUCACUUAUAAGAGGAGAGAGAGAAAAUCUGCAUGUUUUCUGUGUGUUUUCCUGCACGCCAGUGCCCUCUGGGAAGAUGGGGGGCGGUGCUCAUUUCAGAGACAGCCUCGCUCAUCUCUCCUCCAUCCUCUCCUUUGUAGAGCGACAAACCAAGCUUGAAUGAUGGCUUAAUUUCCCUGGAGUGGAUGGGGACUCUGGGUCCUCCUCCCUAGGGCACGUCUGGGAGAAGCAAGCAUUCUCAGAAAUGGGGCUGCUGCUUUCCUUCUGGCUACGUGCAUGAUUGUCUUCCCCCAGACCCACUGUAUGCUUUUGAGAAUGGCAGGUAAAGGUUUGCAAACUUGAACGAGCAUAAGGAUCCCCUAGGGAGUUUAUGUGAAAUGCAAAUGCCUAUACCCCAACCAUAAAUACUCUGAUUAAAUGGGACUGGGGUGAGGCCCAGGAGUCUGCAUGCUUAACUGGCAGCACGGGUGCUUCUGAUGCAGGUAAUCCAAGGAUCACACACCUUGCACGCCUAAUAAUGGAAAGAGAUGGACUGCUAAAACCCCUGGGGGCCCACGCACACCUGCGGGAAAGUUGAAAUUACUAUUUCUUGUUUCCUCCUUGGGGUUCUUUCGGCAGGUUGAAUAAUCCCCUUAGGAUCCGUGGCAUUUCUCCAUCCAGUGAUUACUACUUAAAACUACGCUUACUGCUUCCCUAGGCAGCCGUUAAUAGGCAGGAUAACAGUGUUAAUAGACCAGUGUUGAUAGAUCAUUAACUUUUAUGGAUUGUGCUUAAUCCUGAUUUAGUACCUUGACUUCAAAAACUGACAUCUGUUGCCUGUGAUAACUACUUCUGUAUUGUGUCUUAACCACUUCCGUAUUGUGUCUCCCAUGCCUAAGAAGGCAACCGACAGUGACCUUUUUUCCUUUAGGACAGAUAUCAGCGUAGUUCAAUGAUAUUUAUGAGGGGUUUACUAUGUCUUAAUCAUUUGGAUGGUGAGGGCUACAAAGAGUAAGACGUGGUUCCUGCCCUCCAGGCAACACAAAUAGCCAGGAAACUAUGGCGGGGCCGACUGAGUGCGAUAGCC